GUGAUUGUAGCGGCCAAGCGAAUAUUCACUGCGGAUCAGUGUGACAAUUAGCAUCUCCCGUGUUGAGCCGACUUAUUGUGUGGUGGCUUAUUGUAUGCCUGGUUGAUCUCGACAACAUCAAGAGACAACGUACUCCAUCGAAGAUGAAUUGAAUGGUGGGGUUGUUGAACGUGUUCCGAUGUUCUUCCAGAGAUAUGUUGUUGAGUAAUUAUCAAGACCAUCACUGUAAUUGGCUAGUAGGCAUAAUUCAAACACAAGCGUUGCCAAUGGAGAUCCGGGCCUGCUCCUGGUGAUACACCGACAGUAAGGGUGUAUAACGUUUAUUCAUUUACCACAACAUUGUUCUUGUCUGCGGUAUUACUGUGAAAGGAGACCUUAAUCCGCCAGCUACUACUACAGCAUUGUUCGGAUUAAAGUGAAGCAGAAGAUGGAAAAUUAAUGUACAUAUGUAAAUUAGAGGUUAUUAUGAAGAUGAGACAACUUUUAAACAGGACAAAAUGUUUUGUUCUUAUAUCCGUUACAUCUGUGUUCUCUUUACUUCUCUUAUUCCUUCAUGGUAACCGUUAUCAACAAAUGCACAGAACCUAUGAUACCAGACCUACCGUUCAACAAUUUCAUCAAAUUCCAACUGUAAUGUAUACUACUACAGUUUAUGAGUAUCCGGAUAAUUACACACAGUACUUCAAAGCUGACCUCAAUCGUGAAGUGACGCCUCUUAAUUUUAAAACGCUGAUUGACAGACCCGGUUUCUGUGACAAAAAUUCUACAUUUUUGAUGGUUAUAAUUCUAACUAUGCACAGUCAUCUGGAACUGCGUAAUAGUAUUCGUACAACUUGGGGUGCUGCUGCACGAACCGGUCGCUGGGCGGGUAAAUCGUUAUCACAAUCAGUGCAAUAUCUUUUUCUGUUGGGAAUAAAUAACUAUUCACAGUGGAAUAAAAAGGUAGAAGCAGAGGCGAAUAUACAUGAGGAUAUUUUAAUGUUUGACUAUACAGAAAGCUACAAUAAUUUAACGUAUAAAGUUUUAACAGGUCUCCAGUGGUUACAGAAAAAUUGCGUUGACAUUAAAUACGUUAUGAAAAUUGAUGAAGACACUUUUAUACAUCUUCCACGUCUCCUCGAAAAACUCUCCAGUCCAGAUUGGAAUCAAAGUAUUUGUGGUUUUUAUACAGAGUCAGAAGCGGUCAUGAAAACAUCGAAAAACGCCAAUGAUUUUUCUGUGUAUCCAUUUAAUCACUAUCCGCCGCAUGUAAAAGGAAAUAUAUAUUUCAUGCCAUUUUCAAUAGCUUCUCGCUUAGUGAAUGUGUCCAGACAUUUUGUUUUUAAUGUUAUAGAAGACGUGCAUAUUACUGGAAUAUUAGCCAGAGUUAUCGGUUUCCGUAACAAAUACAAAGGUUUUACAAGAGCGGAAUAUAGCCGUAGUAUACCAGCGUCCGCUUGUGAUAUAGCCACUGGUAUAAGGGUGGCCUCCACACAUACCUCCCCUGCAUAUUAUUCUGAAAUAUGGAACAAAAUAAAUGACCCAGAAACAUGUUUAUCAAUUAGGCAACAAAUACAAAAAUAUUUUGCUGGGAACGCCGGGUGAAAUCCACGAAAACACAUAAUCCGGAACGUGAUUAAUUCCCCAAUCUGUUGUGGGCUUUAUUGAUGAUUGUUAGCCAGGGGAUAAAGCCCAAUUUUUACCACGGAUUCCACAUCUCAACGACUUGGUACGUUAAACAUUAUAUCUGGCCUAUCAUGUCGGACGUCGCAAGUUUUGUAUACAAUCUAUUUUGUUCUAAUUACUUAGUAUACUCAAAUCAAAUCGACGAAGAUUUCAAAUCGCCAAGUUUUGCAUAUGUCCUAAUUUCAUGUAAGUAGUCAAUUCAGUUCAAAUAAAAUGAUUGCAUCAAUCAAAUCAGUGGAGAUUCCAAAGCGUAAAUGCCAGUUGAAUUAAUAACAAAUUCAAUUUGAUGUAUUUUGUGGCAUUAAUAAGAAAUAAAAUGGAGUUUAGCGUCCUACUAUUCUACAACAAGUACUACUUAAGUAAGGCUACAUUUCGACAUAUUUGGUCGUAUUACAAGAAGAAAAUGGGAUUUAACGUCCUAUACUAUUCUGUAUAUCUGCACUAAUUAUGACUAAGAAAAGUAAUCUUUAUACCCAAUUCAUCAUUUCCGAUCAGUUCAGGUUAUAUACAUACAUUGUAUGAUGUUAUUUUAUUUUUUUGCUAUUUCAUCAACGGAUAUUAAUAAUAGUGUACUAUUAUAUUUUUAAAAUUGUUUCAUAUUUGUAAAUUUUGCAUUUUUAAACUUUUAAUUGAUUUUAUUUAAUGUAAGCUAAUUAUAUAAGUAAUGUAA